CUGUGUGUCUCUGUCCUGACAGCACCGAGGGCUCAUCCAUCCGCAGAGCAGGGCAGUGGGAGGAGACGCCAUGACCCCCAUCCUCAUGGUCCUGAUCUAUGUCGGGCUGAGUCUGGGCCCCAGGACCCACGUGCAGGCAGGGACCGUCCCCAAGCCCACCCUCUGGGCUGAGCCAGGCUCUGUGAUCACCCAGGGGAGUCCCGUGACCCUCAGGUGCCAGGGGAGCCUGGAAGCCCAGGAGUACCGUCUAUAUCGAGAAAAAAAAGCAGCAACCUGGAUUAGGCAGAUCCCACAGGAGCUUGUGAAGAAGGGCCAGUUCCCCAUCCAGUCCAUUGCCGGGGAACACACAGGGCAGUAUCGCUGUCGGUAUAAUGGACGCACUAACUGGUCAGAGCCCAGUGACCCCCUGGAGCUGGUGAUGACAGGUCUCUACCGCAAACCCACCCUCUCAGCCCUGCCCAGCCCUGUGGUGACCCCAGGAGGAAAUGUGACCCUCCAGUGUGGCUCACUGGUGGCAUUUGAUGGGUUUGCUCUGCACAAUCAAGGAGAAGAUGAACACCCACAACGCCUGAACUCCCAGCCCCAUGCCCGUUGGUCAUCCCAGGCCGUCUACUCCGUGGGCCCCGUGAGCCCCAGUCGCAGGUGGACGUACAGGUGCUAUGGUUAUUACUCUCACUCUCCCUAUGUGUGGUCUUCACCCAGUGAUGUCCUGGAGCUCCUGGUCCCAGGUGUUUCUGAGAAGCCAUCACUCUCAGUGCAGCCGGGUCCUGUCGUGGCCCCUGGGGAGACCCUGACCCUCCAGUGUGGCUCUGAUGUCGGCUACGACAGGUUCGCUCUGUUCAAGGAUUGGGGACCUGACCUCCUCCAGCGCCCUGGCCGGCAGCUCCAGGCUGGGCUCUCCCAGGCCAACUUCACCCUGAGCUCUGUGAGCCACUCCCACGGGGGCCAGUACAGAUGCUCCGGUGCCCACAAUCUCUCCUCUGAGUGGUCGGCCCCCAGUGACCCCCUGGACAUCCUGAUCGCAGGACAGAUCCCUGACACACCCUCCCUCUCAGUGCAGCCGGGCCGCAUGGUGGCCUCAGGAGAGGACGUGACCCUGCUGUGUCAGUCACAGUGGUGGAUGGACACUUUCCUUCUGACCAAGGAGGGAGCAGCUGAUGCCCCCCAGCGUCUAAGAUCAAGGAAUGAAUCUGAUAAGUACCAGGCUGAAUUCCCCAUGAGUCCUGUGACCUCAGUCCAUGCAGGGACCUACAGGUGCUACGGCUCAUACAGCUCCAUCCCCUACCUGCUGUCUCACCCCAGUGAGCCCCUGGAGCUCGUGGUCUCAGGAGCAGCUGAGACCCUCAGCCCAUCACAAAACAAGUCUGACUCCAAGGAUGCCUCACAGCCCCAGGAUUACAAAGUGGGGAAUCUCAUCCGCAUGGGCAUGGCUGGCUUGGUCCUGGUGAUCCUCGGCAUUCUGCUAUUUGAGGCUCAGCACAGCCAGAGAAGCCCCCAGGAUGCAGCCCGGAGGUGAACAGCAGAGAAGAUAGUGCAGCCUUCAGAGUGCUGGAGCCUUGGGAACAGAUCUGAUGAUCCCAGCAGGUUCUGGAGACCAUUUAGGGCUGAUGCUAUCUGGACUGUCUGCUGAUGAUUUCUAGAGGGAGGAAAACAGAGUUGCAAUGCAGAGACAUUUUCCAGGGUGAUCCAUGGAGGACCAUGAACAUGUGAUACUUUCCUCUCUAUGAAUGUUGACUUCCCAUCGUUGGGUCCCCUUCUUUCCCUCCCCCACACAUGAGGCUCCAUCCCACGUGGCAGCCUCGGGUCUGCACCUCUGCACACCGGCGUGCUCUGGUCCAUGGCGUGUAACACAGUCUUCCUUAUUCCUCAUUGCCACACUCCCUGGGGAGAGUUACUGAGCCUCCAUCUCCUCAGUUCAGAGUUCCAAAUGUGGUCCAGUAAAUAAAUCAAUGGGAGAGCAUCGGAUUUCAACCAGGAAAAGAUGAAUCCACCCGGAUGCCGCAACACCCUCUCUGGACCCUACGAGCCCUUCCCUCUUUCUCAGAUGCUAUCUGUGUGUCUUCCCCUUAGAUGAUUGUGUGACCAUCACUGCCAUCCUGUUCCACACCAUCGUCCUCACCUGACACCCGCUCAGCAGUCACUCCCAUUUCCUCUCCCUCCUGGUAACCACAGGUGUGCUUUCUGUCUCUAUGGAUCUGCAUAUUCUGGCUGAAAACAUUUCAAUCCACCUAUGACCUGUGAGCUCCUCAUUUCAAGACAUCCUGCCUUUGCAGGCAGAACCAAAGUACACCAUGUCAAAACAAUGAUAGGCAUUUACAGUGUGUUGGUGAUCCAUGAAAGGAAAAUCACGGAAGUAGGAGAGACAUCCAGCUGAAGGCAAGACCUCAGGCCAAUGAAUCUUGUCAAUGAGUUGAGCUGUUUCUUUCUACUCACUGUGACAGUCAGAUAGAAACAUGCAGAAAUGACUGGGGCUGAUUCUUCUCUGACUUCUCCCAAACAGCAAGAGGACUUGAGUCCCAGCAUUAAAGCGUUAAACUUUCCUAGGUCAAAGACCACUGUGUUCGAAGGAUGUAAAACUGCCUCAUAGGAUGGAAUGGAUGGGGGAAGGAUCCUGAGGGACCAAAGAAUCCUGAACUUUCUAGGACAAAGGGAACAGCCAUUCGCCGUUUACCAUGUAGAAUAAAUACAUUCCAUUAGGGAC